AUGUCUGAUGUACAGGCUAUCAAUCUGAGAGCGAGGCUAGUUGUGCUUAGCUGCUGUCACAGUGGUGAAGGCGAGGUCGCUUCUUAGGGUGUGGUGGGUAUGGCACGAGCUUUCUUGUUUGCUGGUGCUCGCUCCGAGCUGGCAACUCUCUGGGCAAUUGAUGACGAAGCCACCCAGGUGUUCAUGAAAAGUUUCUUUCAACAUCUAAGAAAUCGUGAAAGUGCCAGUACUGCUCUGCAUAAGGCCAUGAAAAGUCUUCGAGACUCUGACAAGUUUUCUGCCCCGAAGUACUGGGCUCCAUUUGUGCUGAUUGGCGAUGACGUUACGAUUGCCUUCGCUGAAAAUCACUGUGAACGUUGUAAGUAG